AUGCCACACUAUAGAACGACAACUUUAUUAGAUUUGACAUCUAGUAUGUCUUUACUGGAUGAUAGAAUGGAUUUUAGCAAAGAUCACUUUAAGUGGGCAAGCAUAAAGAAAUUUAUAUAUCUGGCAUUUACGUUUUCUGCUUCAAGUUCAAACUUUGAUUUAUUUUCAAAGGUAGUUGAAAACGUAAGAAUAUAUGAUUUUAUAAUUUUUGAAUUAACGAUCGGCAUGACAUAUAUGUGUAUGGAUGUUUUUAUUAAGCAGUAUACAAGGAAAUUAGAUUUUAAUAAAUCAUUGAACCCAAUGCUCAAAGGAAUAACGUAUGGAAUACUAUUGCAAUCUGGUCUCUGGACUUUAAUACAUGCAAGUGAUUUGGCCGACUCGGUUCGUUUGCUCGUCACAAGUUUACAAAGUGUGCCAUCAUGGUCUAAAUGCCAAAGAACUUUUGGUACUAACGUCAGCUGUGUGACAUCUAAGGAUAUCAUAAUACGGUGUAGAGAAAAACAACUUACUAAUCUUAAUAUAACAUCUGCUCACAUUAAUUACCAAAAAUCGUUUUCACAUUUUGACCGACAUGUUCUUACCACGAGAUUUUUCGCAGUCGCUCUUGUGUGGAUUUUUAAUUUCUUUUUUACAACAGUAACAGACAAUACUCUCUUAAAGCUUUUUAAGAUAGCUUUUAUAUGGAGGUUCCUUUCUACGCUUAUUAUACUUAUUUUAAUCAUGUUUACGACUAAAUAUCAUGCUUCAAUUGCUUUUUUUCAAAUGAUGGAUAUUACUGCUCCUCGUACUUAUAGCGCCUCAGUGGAUCAUGUCACUUACGCCUAUGGUAUAGGUUUUGUAGGGGUUUACGACUUUGGUACAAUGUCUCCUUACACUAUGAUAGACAACGCAGUCAUCUUAUUUACCAUAGUAUUCACUGUUGUAUCAUUCGCAAGAUCCUUCAUAGUGCGGAUAUUGUACUUGGUACUAACUUCUUGUGUGGAAGUGGAAAUAUCGAUUACCCCUCAUUACUUACUGUUCGCCAUUCUCCCUCUGAGCACGGAAUUUUUGUAUGCACAUCGCCUGUACAUAAUUUAUAUUUAUGCAAAUAUUAUGAUCGCAACGAUAGCUUAUCUUUCGAUGUUGACUUUAAGUAUGUCGAAGCUUUUGCAUGCAGAAUUUCGUUCUAUUAAGAAUAUUUACAUAGUUGGAAUAUUAUGUUUUUUGGGAUUUAGCUUGUCUGUCCCUAUAACUGUGUCAAUGAGUUCAAGUAGCAGACUACUGGGAUUAAUAUACGGUCUAAAUGUGACUGUUUUAUAUCUGGGUGGUUUUAAAGUGGCCGUCGUUAUGUGGGUGUAUGGAGUUCGGAGGUUCUCUACCGACGUACAUUUUUGGCUCGGUUUCAAGCCAACAAAGUUUUGGACAAUAUGCUGGAUGUUGCUGCCUAUCGUGCUAUUCGUACUUGUAUUAUACAGACUUUACAAGUUAACACAAAUGGAUGACUUAUCUCAGUCGAUUACAGCGGCCGCAUGGAUUGGCUUCUCUUUAUUGAUUGUGGCUAUUUUCCAUGUUAAAACAAUCGCCAGAUAUUUAUUACGGAAUAAUUUAGCAGGAGCGUUUUCAAGUAAAAAGACUUACGGUCCACCCGAUAAAGAAGACAGAAAAAGAAGACAAGUAUAUAGUGAAACUGCUCGACUUAGGCAAUGCACACAUAACUGUCAUAUUUUAGACGAUGUAUUUGACUGUUUCCAUAUACCAAUAGUAUCCAGAAGUAAAAUAUUUGCAUCGAGUUCAGAAUCACUAACCCACAUAUACGAAGCCGGAACUUCCAAGAAAUUAUCUGAUGCAAUUGAUGUGGGAUUAAGUCACCAUUAGUAAUAUUGCCUAAUAAUCAUUACGUAGAUAUCGAUUAUUAAUUGAUAGUUCGAUUGGAAUUACAAAUAACUGAUAAAGCGAUAUUCGAUUAAUUACAAACAAUAUAGCUAUUACGAAGUAUUAUGAUAAAUAAAGUUGUUAUGAUUGAUUCAAUAUAAUUGGCAGUAUCAAUAACAAAUGGAAUAAUACCAUCAAUUAUAUAUAAUGUAAACGAAGUAUUGUUUCUACACUCUAUCUAUGUAUACUAUAACAUUAUCCAGUAUUAUAUUCUCCAAAUAAUUAUUAUAUUGUUAUACAAUAGAUUAUGAUAUAAUAAUAUAAUACUGUCAGGUGGGCCGUGCACUUGUUUGCCGCAUCAUUGGUAUAAAAAAUAAAUAUUUUAUUACGUAAACAUUAAUAUAGAUGGUAUCAUUUCAAUUAAUAGUAUCAAUAUUAUCGAUGAAUUAAUCAAUAUUUAAAUAAUUCUGAGUGAAAAUUAACUAUAUAUUAAUUAAUAAACAAUCGAUUA